CUUUGUACGAUGAUGUUGUAUCUCAAACUCCAACUCAACCAACCAACCAUAGAACAUGACUUCUCUCUCCGUCUUUCCCUCACUCCCAUCGCUUCAAAACCCUAACUUCACGCAUCCCCGCCUCUCCGAUUUCAUCUAUUUCCCUUUCAAUUCCACGCAAUCUUUCGCACCACUCUCUCGCCGUAAUUUCCUAUGCAGAGCUUUCAGAGAUCCCGGCGAGGACAUCAAAGCGGUCGUCAAGACCGAUGACGGCGGCGGCGGAGAUGGGGGUGGAGACGGUGGGGGGGACCGGGACUCGGAGAAAAAAGAAGGGCCUUUGCCGGAGUGGUUGAAUUUCACUACUGAUGACGCCAAAACGGUACUUGCUGCUAUCGCAAUUUCGCUUGCGUUUCGCACGUUCGUGGCGGAGCCUAGGUACAUUCCCUCGCUGUCAAUGUACCCUACAUUUGAUGUUGGCGAUAGAAUUGUUGCUGAAAAGGUUUCUUACUAUUUUAGAAAACCAUGUGCAAGUGACAUAGUGAUAUUCAAAAGCCCUCCUGUGCUCCAAGAAGUUGGAUAUAGUGAUGACGAUGUUUUUAUAAAGCGUGUGGUUGCAAAGGAAGGUGAUAUUGUGGAGGUCCGUAAAGGGCAUCUUGUAGUUAAUGGGGUUGAGAGGAAUGAAGACUACAUUCAUGAACCACCUGCAUAUGAGAUGAAACCCACACGUGUACCAGAGAAUUACGUGUUUGUGAUGGGAGACAAUCGCAAUAACAGCUAUGAUUCCCAUGUGUGGGGUCCCCUGCCAUCCAAGAACAUUAUAGGGAGAUCAGUAUUUCGAUAUUGGCCACCAAAUAGAAUUGCUGGCACAAUUUCUAAGGAUAGCUGCAGUGUUGAAACCACGCAGGAGAAUGCAGAGACUGCUCUACCUUCUCAAUGACCACACUUGCCAUCCAUUGCUGUGGAUUAUGUAAUGCCAAUUUUUGUAUUGUUAAUCUUAAUCUUAGGAAAGAAAUAGGACGUUUACUAAGUUGAAAAAACAUUUAUGUAAAUGCUCAUAAUUUAUGCAGAUGUAAAACAAUUUAUUUCAAACUUAACGACCAAGCUUUCUAUGAAUUUACUUUUUAUUCUUAGUUA